GCUUCCAGCUGCUGAAAUGUCCAGUCUCCGUCUUCCAUUCUUGUGGCUCUUCCUCCUUUUCCCACUGGCCUCCAACUCUGCCUCUGAAGGAGAUGACACCAUCAUGGUCACCAGCAGUGGCCCUGUCAAAGGCAGGCAUCUCCAGGUUGGCUCUGGCUCCGUGACUGCUUAUCUGGGUAUCCCCUACGCAGAACCGCCUGUGGGGAAAUUGCGUUUCCAGAAGCCCCUUCCCCAUCAGCCCUGGAGUCAAGUCUUGGAGGCUACCAGCUUUGGCAACUCCUGCUCCCAGUUGCUUCUUCCUGGCACCCCCCAAACAUCAAUGUGGACUGUCAGCCCACCACUGUCAGAGAACUGUCUCUUUCUGAAUAUCUGGGCGCCCCAUCCAAGGCCUCCUACCCCAGUCCCUGUCCUUGUCUGGAUACACGGUGGGAGUUUUUUCAGUGGCACGUCUUCUCUGGAGAUGUAUAAUGGGGCAUCCUUAGCUGCUGAGGAGGAUCUCAUAGUGGUGUCCUUGAAUUACCGCUUGGGGGCUCUGGGCUUCCUUUCGUUACCACCAAGUGCCCCAGGUAAUGCUGGCCUUUGGGACCAACAGCUGGCACUGAAAUGGGUGAAGGAGAAUGCAGCCGCCUUCGGAGGAGAUCCUGCGUGGGUGACCAUUUCAGGACAGAGUGCUGGAGGAGCCUUGGUGGGUUUCCAUCUCCUCUCCCCAGAAAGCCAGCCCCUCUUUGCCCGGGCUGUGAUGCAAAGUGGAACUAUGAAUGCUGUCUAUGCUUGGACAAGUCCUGAGGAGGCCAAACAGAGAGCACUUGAUCUGGCCCAGAAGCAGGGUUGUACUCAAGAUGAUGCCGCCGAGGUGGUGACAUGCCUGCAGGGAAAAGAUGUAGCAGGUUUCAAUCAGUAUGAGUUAUAUGCACUGAACAGCACAAUGCUUCUGGACAUUCCUUUCACACCCACCACUGAUGGAGAAUUCCUCACUGAGGACCCACAGACACUUCUGGAGGCUGGGCGCUUUCCAAAUAAACCCCUUCUCAUUGGCACCACUUCUGAUGAAUUGGCUGUGCUCGUAGAGACCACUUUUCCAGAUGCCAAAGAUGGGCUAAUAACUAGGGAACAGCUGGUGGAGGCUGUGAGGAAGACGGUACGAAGUGCCACAGAAGAAAUUGUUGAGGCUGUGGUGAAGGAAUACAGCAAAGAGGUCCAUGGCCUCGAAUCCUACCGCUGGGCCAUGGUGCAGUCCAGUGGUGAUUACUUCUUCGUAUGCCCUUCAGCAGAAAUUGCUGCAAAGUUGACCAAAGCUGGAAGUCCUGUGUACGCUUACAUCUUCUCACAGCGCACCUUGGGCUCUGUUUGGCCUGAGUGGAUUGAGGCACCCCAUGGUGCUGAACUGCCUUACUUAUUUGGCACUUUUAAGUCAAUCCUGGCUGCCAACCAAACAUGCACAGCGGAGGAGGCCGCGUUAAGCCGCAGGGUGCAGCGAUACUGGGCAGAGUUUGCUAGACAUGGGAAUCCUAACGGGGUGACCGCCAAUGAGGUUCAGUGGCCACUCUACAAUGCCAAAGCGCAGAACUUCUUCCUUCUCAGCACACAACCACCCAAAGCUCUACAGAAGUCACCUGCCCGACACUGUUGUUUCUGGAAAACACAAGUUUUGAAUGUCGCACAGCCAAGUAACUGAUGGACUUCCUGCUCCUUAAGGACAGGCCCAGCUGGUUCCAAGAAGCCUGGAAAAGCACAGGAGAAUAUUCCAUGCUGAGUAAUAAAGAUCUGGGACUUGACAGCAAAUUAACAUGUAA